GUGGCAGGGACGGAAGCCGAGAAGGCACGCCGCUGACCCAAAACCGUGGGAGUGGGAGCCGCGGGGUCGUAGGGAUGAUCCCCCCACAGGAGGCGUCCGCCCGGCGGCGGGAAAUCGAGGACAAACUGAAGCAGGAGGAGGAGACGCUGUCCUUCAUCCGAGACAGCCUGGAGAAGAGCGACCAGCUCACCAAGAACAUGGUGUCCAUCUUGUCAUCCUUUGAGAGCCGCCUGAUGAAGCUGGAGAACUCCAUCAUCCCUGUGCACAAGCAGACAGAGAACCUGCAGCGGCUGCAGGAGAACGUUGAGAAGACUCUGUCCUGCCUGGACCACGUCAUCAGCUACUACCAUGUGGCCAGUGACACAGAGAAGAUCAUCAGGGAGGGCCCCACAGGUAGGCUGGAAGAGUACCUGGCGAGCAUGGCCAAGAUUCAGAAGGCUGUGGAGUAUUUCCAGGACAACAGCCCAGACAGCCCAGAGCUCAACAAAGUGAAGCUGCUGUUUGAGCGUGGGAAGGAGUCUCUGGAGUCCGAGUUCCGCAGCCUGAUGACCCGGCACAGCAAGGUCGUCUCCCCUGUGCUCGUCCUGGAUCUGAUCAGCAGCGAGGAGGAGCUGGAGGUCCAGGAGGAGGUGCCCCUGGAGCACCUGCCUGAGGGUGUGCUCCUGGACGUGGUCCGCAUCUCCCGCUGGCUGGUGGAAUACGGGCGCAACCAAGAUUUCAUGAACGUCUACUACCAGAUCCGCUCCAGCCAGCUGGACCGCUCCAUCAGGGGCCUGAGGGAGCAUUUCCGGAAGAGCAGUUCUGCCUCUGGGGUCCCCUACUCCCCAGCCAUCCCCAACAAGAGGAAAGACACGCCCACCAAGAAGCCCAUCAAGCGGCCAGGGACGAUCCGUAAGGCUCAGAACCUUCUGAAACAGUAUUCCCAGCAUGGUCUAGAUGGGAAAAAGGGGGGCUCUAACCUCAUUCCUCUGGAAGGUCACGAGCAUGAUUUCCGAGUUAAGCACCUGUCCGAGGCCCCGAACGACAAGCACGGGCCGCUGGCCGGGAGAGACGACAUGCUGGACGUGGAGACCGAUGCCUACAUUCACUGCAUAAGCGCCUUCGUCAAGCUGGCCCAGAGCGAGUACCAGCUGCUGAUGGAGGUCAUCCCUGAGCACCACCAGAAAAAGACCUUUGACUCCCUGAUACAGGACGCACUGGAUGGGCUGAUGCUGGAGGGGGAGAACAUCGUGUCUGCCGCCCGGAAAGCCAUCGCGAGACACGACUUCUCCGCGGUGCUCACCGUCUUCCCCGUCCUGCGGCACCUCAAGCAGACCAAGCCCGAGGUUGACCAGGUGCUCCAGGGCACAGCCGCCAGUACCAAGAACAAGCUGCCCAGCCUCAUCGCCUCCAUGGAGACCGUGGGCGCCAAAGCACUGGAGGACUUCGCUGACAACAUCAAGAAUGACCCGGACAAAGAGUACAACAUGCCCAAGGACGGCACCGUGCAUGAGCUCACAAGCAACGCCAUCCUCUUCCUGCAGCAGCUCCUGGACUUCCAGGAGACGGCGGGCGCCAUGUUGGCCUCCCAAGUUCUUGGGGACACAUACAAUAUUCCUUUAGACCCCCGAGAGACCAGCUCUUCGGCCACCAGCUACAACUCGGAGUUCAGCAAGCGCCUCCUGAGCACCUAUAUCUGUAAAGUCCUGGGCAACCUGCAGCUGAACUUGCUGAGCAAGUCCAAGGUGUACGAGGACCCGGCUCUGAGCGCCAUCUUCCUACACAACAACUACAACUACAUCCUCAAGGCCCUGGAGAAGUCUGAGCUGAUCCAGCUGGUGGCCGUGACCCAGAAGACUGCCGAGCGCUCCUACCGUGAGCACAUUGAGCAGCAGAUCCAGACCUACCAGCGCAGUUGGCUAAAGGUGACUGACUACAUCUCCGAAAAGAAUCUACCUGUAUUCCAACCGGGAGUCAAGCUCCGGGACAAGGAGCGGCAGAUGAUCAAGGAGCGAUUUAAGGGCUUCAACGACGGCCUUGAAGAACUGUGCAAGACCCAGAAAGCCUGGGCCAUUCCUGACACAGAGCAGAGGGACAGGAUCCGCCAAGCUCAGAAACACAUCGUCAAGGAGACCUACGGGGCCUUUCUGCACAGGUAUAGCAGCGUGCCCUUCACCAAGAACCCCGAGAAGUACAUCAAGUACCGCGUGGAGCAGGUGGGCGACAUGAUCGACCGCCUCUUUGACACGUCUGCUUGAGGCUGCUCCCGUCCCUGCCCGGUUGCCCAGACCAACUUGCUACCAGACACAUAAACCAAUGUUAACUUGC